CACAGCUCCAAGCAACGGACCGAAAAAUUCCCCAACCAAUCUCGUUCCCGAUCGCCUCGACGCUCGGCGAAUUCUCCUCCCCCGCCGCAUCAAGAUGCAGAUCUUUGUGAAGACCCUCACCGGCAAGACCAUCACCCUUGAGGUGGAGUCCUCUGAUACCAUUGACAACGUCAAGGCUAAAAUCCAGGACAAGGAGGGCAUCCCUCCGGACCAGCAGCGCCUCAUCUUUGCUGGCAAGCAGCUAGAGGACGGCAGGACCCUUGCUGACUACAACAUCCAGAAGGAGUCCACCCUUCACCUUGUCCUCCGUCUUCGUGGUGGCAUGCAGAUCUUCGUCAAGACCCUCACUGGCAAGACCAUCACCCUGGAGGUGGAGUCCUCUGACACCAUUGACAACGUCAAGGCCAAGAUCCAGGACAAGGAGGGCAUUCCUCCGGACCAGCAGCGCCUCAUCUUUGCUGGCAAGCAGCUGGAGGACGGCAGGACCCUCGCUGACUACAACAUCCAGAAGGAGUCCACCCUUCACCUUGUCCUCCGUCUUCGGGGUGGCAUGCAGAUCUUCGUCAAGACCCUCACUGGCAAGACCAUCACCCUGGAGGUGGAGUCCUCUGACACCAUUGACAACGUCAAGGCCAAGAUCCAGGACAAGGAGGGCAUUCCUCCGGACCAGCAGCGCCUCAUCUUCGCGGGCAAGCAGCUGGAGGACGGCAGGACCCUUGCCGACUACAACAUCCAGAAGGAGUCCACCCUCCACCUAGUCCUCCGCCUUCGGGGUGGCAUGCAGAUCUUUGUCAAGACCUUGACUGGCAAGACUAUCACCCUGGAGGUGGAGUCCUCUGAUACCAUUGACAACGUGAAGGCCAAGAUCCAGGACAAGGAGGGCAUUCCCCCGGACCAGCAGCGCCUCAUCUUCGCUGGCAAGCAGCUGGAGGAUGGCCGUACCCUCGCCGACUACAACAUCCAGAAGGAGUCCACCCUCCACCUGGUGCUCCGCCUGCGUGGUGGUAUGCAGAUCUUUGUCAAGACCCUGACUGGGAAGACCAUCACUCUGGAGGUUGAGAGCUCGGAUACCAUUGACAACGUGAAGGCCAAGAUCCAGGACAAGGAGGGGAUCCCCCCGGACCAGCAGCGCCUGAUCUUUGCUGGUAAGCAGCUGGAGGAUGGCCGCACCCUCGCCGACUACAACAUCCAGAAGGAGUCCACCCUCCACCUGGUGCUCCGCCUUCGCGGUGGUCAGUAAGUGUCUUGUGUUGUCCGGUGGGCUGUCCUUGUAGCCCUACAAGUGAAGUGUCUGUCCCGUACUCUCGUUUGUGUCAAGUCUAUUGUGUCUGGUUUAAUGGACCAUGAGCUCCCUAUGUGUUGGUUUCGUGACAACAGUUUGCUGGUACAGCAGUUCGUGGUAAUGAAUAAAUGAACUUUGGAGUAA